AUGGAUCUUCCUCUCCCCACGGUUACGGUGGAUGAUCUGCGUGACUUUCACACGACACACUUCCCGCACGCGCCUGCACCCGAGCACAUUCUGAGUAGCGUCGACAGUGAGCCAGCUGAAGAGUGCUACGAAGAAGAGGCGAAUGCGCUCGGCUGUUACGAAGAUAGCACACCGCGGACGCUCACCGAUGAGCAAAUUGCUAUGUUCAGACACUCCGAGAUCCAGGCUAUCAUUCGCAAGCGCAGGCUAAAACGCGAAAACGGCAACGGUCCAGAGGAAGAAGAGGCCGAAGAUGGAGAAGCCGAGGAGUCCGUCGCAGAGGGUUCAUCUAAGGUGGAAUCUUCGGCUUCACAAGCUACUCCCGCUGCGGGACCAGAAACAGAUAAAGUUGCAACUGGCCGUGUCGACAAGCUGAAAUCCCAGUCCCAGCAGUGGGCAACGAGUAGCCCAAGGACGAAAGCCAGGAAUAAGAGGAACCGCGACAAGUACAAGGCGAAGAAGAGAGAUGAGCGGUUCAAACGUGAGCAGACCCGGAAACUCAACCGCGAUGAAGACGACGAGAGCGACGAGUGGGAUCCUUGGCACCAAGCCAAGGGACCAGAUGUGCAGAAGGACGAUACCGUGGAUCUGGACUACUGA